CCCAAUAACUGAAAUUACGCACCCCAAAAAAUUCAAAACACCAGUACUUUUCAUGCUGUUCACAACAUAGUGGACAGCCCACUGUACAUAUGCACAAAACCAGACAAAUUAGUGUGUUUUAAUGUUCUGUUCGCUACUCAAACGGUUAACUCUGAACCCGGAAAAGGGCGAAGUCUGCACAGCAACAAGCGCCAUGAUUGCGUUGCACUGUGCGUCCCAGCAGCUGGAUACCAUGGAGCAGCUAGAAGAGGAACUUACGUGCCCAAUCUGCUGCGGUCUCUUCGAAGACCCCCGGGUUUUGCUGUGCUCUCACAGCUUUUGCAAGAAAUGCUUGGAGGGACUGUUGGAUGGAAACCGAGGUCCAUAUUUCAGAACACCUAUCAAAUGCCCCACAUGCCGCAAAGAGACCCCUCACAACGGCGCCAACAACCUGCAGAUCAACUACUCUCUACGUGGGAUUGUGGAGAAAUACAGCAAAAUAAGGGUUAUGCCUAAAAUGUCUGUUUGUAAACAACACUGCGGCCAGCCUCUAAACAUAUUCUGCGCCACGGAUUUAAACCUAAUCUGUGGGUUUUGCGCGACAACAGAUGACCACAGAGGGCAUACAUUCUGCUCCUUGGAGGAGGCGUAUGAGCAGGAGAAGGAGGCGUAUGAAGAGCUGCUGCGCGGGGUGGAGAGCUGGCAGAGCGCAGACAUCCUGUCCUGCCUGGAGACACUGCAAGCCAGUAAGAAAAAAGCACUACAGUAUGUGACCAAGGACGCAGCAAAGGUGACAGAUUAUUUCGACAAACUCAUCAGUAACAUUGAAUGCAAAAAGAAUGAGAUCCUCUCCGAUUUUGAAACGCUGAAGCUGGUGGUAUUGCAGAAAUACGACCCGGAGAUCACCAAGCUGAGCGCGGCGGUGGAGGAGCACACACGGGCGCUGGGCAUCGCCGAGACUUUCCGGAGUGAAUCCGACCCCCUGUGCUUUCUGCAGCAGAUGCAGGAGUUUCGGGAGAAGUUUAAGGUCCUGAAGGAGACUCCGCUGCCCUCUCGGAAAUACACGGACGUCGGUCCUCUCGUGCGUAAUUUCGAUGUGAAGAAGUGGGACUCACUGAGGCUCAGAGAAGUGGACAAGAUCUCAGUCCCCCACGAGAAUGGCCACUACCGAGAGGGGGGAUCACGGAUGCCAGCGUCGAGAUGGAUCACCUUAUUAAUAAGUGUGUUACUGCCGAUUCUGCUCGUGCUGCAGCCGCACAACCUGGCACCCUACGUGCCCUCGCAGGUUGGACCGAUGCUCACUGCUGUUUCCUCGCACCUGACCCACACUGGGGUGUACCUGCGGGAGAUGACUGACAUGUACUCAGGUUUAGUGGGUGCAGGUCAGGAAUGUAUCGUGAACUUCUUUUACUAUACUGUCAGUGUCAUUGACACGUUGUUUAAUGAAUAGCCUGUGACAUCUCUGUCGUGCACUCACUGCUACAUUCCAAGGGACCCUUGACGCGCAUAACACUAAUCUGACAGAUAUGCACUUCAAUAUAUGGAAACACUUUUUUUGAUGUCUUUUUUUUCGUUUUAGGCCAAGCUCCAACCUCAUUGAAGCCAACGAAUCAAAUAAAAUCAGCCACUAAUGAACAGUUAGCACAACUUAGCAGUAACAGUUAACGGUAACCUACAUUUACAUAGAUAGACACUAUCGGUGUGCAAUCUACUUUCUCUUUUAUCAGUAUGACACACUCCAAGAUGAUUUUGAUAAAUAAACAGUGAAAUGUAAGUCACGUCCAUGUUUGUUUUUUUAUUUAGUGCGUCAUGCCAACUCAGCCCAUUUUUUUUUAGAGGCACAAGCGAGCCUUACGUGUGUAAUAAAAAUAAUUUACAGAGUGUAAUUCCUGGCCUCUUCCCUGCAGAGCGCGUCAGCACCACAGUGAUGCUGCAACCUCUUCAAGGUUACAAGCGUUGCAUAACAGGGCCCGUGUGAAAUAUUCACCAGGCUGCAGUGAAGGAGGGGAAAAAGAACACCGUAUAUGUUAAUGAUAUAUAUACAUGAAAACUGACAGCUGUCCCCCCCCCCCAUCAUUGAUAAUAAUACUAUAAGGCAAUACACGAUUGUCACGUCUGCAGGGAAGUGUCUUUAUUUCCACACAAGAUCUAUUUGCGGAGAUUCACGUGACUCGUUCGUUGCAUGUCCGGUCUAUAAAGUCAAACAUCUGCUGCCUGUUAACUUAAGACUGCAGUUCAGACGUAUUUUCUGCAAUGCAUUUGAAUUUGCAGAACACUGAAUUGUAUGCCUUAAAUCCAAAUGCAAGUGUGUGUGGAAACAUCGAAGCAAGGCUAUUCAAAUGAUUUCCCAUUUAGGUAGGAUGGGAGACUUUUGGCUCAUCACCAAAUAAUGGUCUUAACAGAAAAAUAGGCCAUAUAUAGCGAAAUGACAAACAGUGAACAGUGCAUUGAUUACUUAUCAUUAUGUGUAUCUAUUCUUCUUAGCAGAAGUUGAUUUUGAAGUAGAGUAAAUUGAUAGAAAUCCUAAAAUCAGACCACAAAGUGAACCCGUGAUGUCAGCACUGACCAUAAUUCAGGAUGUACGUCAUGGCAUGCAUGUACAUAUAUAGCCUUCUGUUGCCAGGCAAAUACAACAUGAAAAUAAAUGGACCACUCUACAUUAAUAUUUUAAUUGUCAUGGCACGCAAAUUUGAAUAUAGCCUUUGAAAACGUUAACAAAAUCCAAAUUAAGACAAAUGUUGUUUCCGAUUUUAGACUUUUUUGAAUCAUUACCGAAAAGCCAGGUCGCAUGGUGAGCCGCUCUACAUCUACACAGGCCUAUGGUGUGGCUUAAUAAAAACUACAUUUAAAGUCGAAUUUGCUAACAAUCCAGAUUACAUAAUAUCCAGAUGAGUGCAAAGCCAAUUUGAUGUCUCCACUGUUCAGUCACAUCACUGCAGGAGCCACAGUUUUGCGCUGAGGCUCUGAGUGUGUGAGGGGGAUUAAAGACUUUUUGUAUCCCUGUAAUAAAAUGCAUAAUUGUUCAUGUUACUUUCUUUUAUUAUAUUAAUUUACCAGAGAAAUUAAUUAACACAUUUUCUGAAACAUGUGAGUGAAAGUACAGUAGUAGGCUGCAUGUGCAAAAAACGGACGUGUUAUUCUACAAUUGUACAGGUAAUUAAAAAUAUGCACGAUAAAUACAUGUAAUACAAAGUGUUGAAUAAGGCAUAACAAAGGCAAAACGGCAUAAAAAGUGAAGCAUAACAGUUGUAAGACAACAUGUGGAAUGUAACGCAUCACUAUCAGGACUGCUUCCAUAUUUUGAUGUGCAUUGCUUUUCUAAAGACGGAACAUAGUCAGACACACACGACAUUUAACAUUCUGUAAAAAAAAAAAAGGGUAACCUAAUUGAAUAAUUUCCAAAAUGAAUAGGAAUUAAGUAGGCCUGCGUUGACAUUGUUAAUAUUUACACAGAAAUAAGCUAUGCCAAUAAUACAAAUAUAUAUUAUAUGAAGGCUUAUAUUUCAAAAACAUGAACUAAAUUCGAAUAUUUCUCAAUUAAAAAAAUAAUAAUUCAGAGAAACUCCUAGCGUUUAGGAAAAAAGAGCAGUCACAAAUCUCACUUUUUCUUCUCUCCAGUAUCAUUUUUCAAAAAUCCCACUGUUGCCAAAUACCUUAAAUCCAGAUAAUAUAUAAUUAUGAUUGCGAAAAAACUAGCAGAAGAUAAUUUAGAAUUAUUAUUAAAGUGGCCUACAAGGCCAAAUGAAAGGAAAAGGCGUUCACUCGGUGGACGGCAUCACAAUACCGGGCUUUAGAACAUGUUCAAAUCAGAAAAGACCCAUAAUUUCCAAGUGAAAUGUAUCAAUGAAGUAAAUAAUUAUAACACGUGUUUAUCUAUUUAGGAUUUAUUUUCAUCCAAAGAUUUAGUCCGUGCGAUUUGGUGAGCAGCAACCACUAAUCUGAUCUUGAAUGUGUUUUACGGCACAAAGUCACAUAAACAUGUGGUAAAAAAAAAUGCAAAAAAGCCAGAUCAACCAAUAGAUGCCACAUAUUUAAAAAAACGUUUAAAAUAAAUUAAAUGAUUGACUUUUUAUUAGGUAAAUCUGAUUUGAGAUGUCCUGGGACAACUGAGAUGCCCGCAUUGAGCGCAUCCGAAGCAACUUAAAAUGGAGGAUUUAAGCCAUGUUACGGGACACGUCAUGCGUAGCUUUGCCGUUAAAAUUGGACUAUCUCAUAUCUUUUGUGCAUAUUGAAUUCAUAAUACACAAAUAAUGUCAAACCUUUGGGUAUAAACGAGGAAAUCAUAAAGACCGUCUGGGUCCAAAUCGAGCAGAAACCUGUUUUAUAAAACAUUUUCGAAAUCAAAAUAUCUUGACAUUUAAACAACUCAUUUUUGAAAAAGAAAAACUGGUGUUUAUACUGAAAUGGUAUAAUUAUUGUACUCAUUUUUAAUCCGCAGCAAAUCUGUGAUCGGCUGAUGAUAAACAGGCCGGACUUUCCCACAGCGCUGCAGGGAGGGCACGCGGCUGUCACGUGCAUGAUUUCUUCUUCAUGUAUGGCGGUGAAUUUAUCUAAACGAGGGGCAUUCAGUCAUGCCCGGACAUGUCACCGUCACUGCUCAGCCUUUUUAACCCAUUCCUACGACAUUUGCUCCCCAUACAAUGGCCUCAAAGAGUCACCUGACCCCAGGGUUGGAGGUCAAGUGACCUCCUGCACCCCAUCGUGCACAGGGACGCGGACACGACAAACCAUCACCUCCCCUGAAGUGGUCUGGGCUGGCCUCUCGUCUGUGUUACACCAUCUUCUGCCUGUUUAAGCACAAACUAAAGGCAGAUCUGACGUCCUAAGCUGUGCAGAAAACACGAAUGGCCAUCAUAAUUAUCCACAUGAAAAGAUCUAUGCAAAUGUGAGCUUCUCAUCGUGUUCAGAAAGCUAUCUCUAUCCACUACAGCCAUUGAAGGAAACUACUCAGUCACAAUAUCUUCGUUCCAAACAUUAGUGAUUAAUAACAUUUACAGAUCACACAUUUAACCAUCCAGAAUACCAGGAAGGAAUGUAAGAUUAGAACCCGUUUCCUAUCUUUUCAGUUUGUCAUGAAAGCACCAUUACACACUACCACAAAUCCUUCCAUCACAUAAGAAAAUAAGGCCAGAUAAACAGGUAUUAAGCUUGCCAAUUAUAUUUGUCCUGUGUUUGGCAAGAAUACACACAGUGCAAACAAACUAUGUUACAGCAGCUUGUUCACAGCAUGCGAUCUCUACAGAAGUCAAAUACAAAACCAAUUCGUCCAGUAAUACAAAAAAUAAAAUGACCUCUUACAAUGUUUAAGUCUAUGAGAAACUGAGGAUGUGCGGACCAAGGAUGGUACUGAUAAAGAACUGCUUUGUGUCAUACGAACACCAGCACUGUAAUGGGACGUGUUAAUCCUAGAAAAACCUGUUACAUUUUGCACAGCCAGCAAAACAUGUCCAGCAUAGCACGGGCAGGGUGACUGGGAUUCCCUGGAAGCAACGGCAGUAUCUUAUGAAAUGAAUUACAGAGAACUCCAGUAAACCCUUUUUCACCAGCAGAUAUGUAUUCAUUGCAGGUAUAUUAAAGCUGGGCCCCAACAUGAGCAACAGCCGUGUCUGUGUGUCUACAAUGUGUGAAAUAUUCACACAAACUGGUGUACCUGCCUCUCCUUUAGAAGUAAUGCAUUGCAACCCAAUAGUUUGCAUUCCUUAAUAUUACAUUUCUGAUCAUUCCAGUUAUUUACUAGAACUUACAUUUUAAUGAUCACAAGCUUCCUCUUACUGCCAAGGAAGACAGAGCAGCAAUAAACAGGAUGCCGACAAAGUAGUACACUGUGUUGCAAUUUCAAAAGUACGACCCAAGGACUUAGUUUACACUUGACCAAUAGCAUGGAACUAUUAAAAACUUUUUGGAACCUUUGAUUAAAUGCUUAUUUACAGUAAAUAACUUCUUACAGAACCACCACUAUGGCUAUUGUUAAGAUCCUGCUAAGUGUGUAUUUUGUAUGUUCAGGCACACAAUCAGGAUUGGCAAAGGAGGAAGCUAAAGAGUGAAAGUUGGAUAGCACACCCAUACAAGAAAUUACACUAACACCGGCUAUACUUGAGGUAUGGUUGGUAUUCAAACUUAAAUGCAAAUAAUUAUUCAGAUAUUAGACCAACUUUGGGUCAUAGUGUAAAAAGUGUGUCUUAAAAAUAUCACCAGUAUAUUUUUCCGCAAAAAAACAGGCUUUAUGUUUUUAUGUUACACCACGGACUGAGUUCACAUGUUCAUAUAUCAUUGGAAUGAAUAAAUACAUCAAAGUGUAA